CACCACCUCCUCACGGCCUCAUCUCUCUCUCUCUCUCUCUCUCUCUCUCUCCGAGAUCCCUACUACGCUUCGUUCUCCUCUUCUCUUUCGCCAUUUGUACUCCCCACGCUGCUCCUUUCUCUCUCUCUCUCCCACUCUUCCUUAACCCCUUAUAUGAGACGAUCCUAAGGAGUAGAGGAGAUUGGGGGAUUAGGGUUUUGUGGACAUGGGCAAGUUCGUGAGGAAGGAGAAAGUCCCAGGCGAUCUGGGGGUCAUGGAGCUCGCCGCCCACAAGGGUUCUUCUUUAGGGGUCCUCACUCGGGCCAAAACCCUAGCCCUCCGCCGCCUCCAACAGGGAGGAGCCCUCGACCCCUCCGCGUUUUCGUACCUCGAGCUCCGGAGCCGCCGCCUCCAGAAGCGCUUCCCCGCCGCUGCGACGGGGACGGUCCGGAGGGAGAGGGUGAAGAGUGAGGCUAACCCUAGCCCGACGAAACCUGCUGCAGUUGGAAGCCCUAGCGCGAGUAUGGGUCCCGAAGUGGAGAGCGAGCCGAGAAAGAUGGAGGAAGAUGGGGGCAUGUCGAGCUUGGGGGGGAAGGAGGAGGAGGAGAAGGACGAAGGUUCGGGGGCUUCGCCGGGGAUCGACGCUGGCGUAGAGGUUUCAUUUGGGGAUAAUGCUGCGGAGAUCGAAUGUGUCAGGAAUUCGAGAGAGAGCACACCUUCCAGUCUGAUAAGGGAUCCGGAUGCUAUAGAGAUUCCUGGUUCUUCAAACAGACCUACAUAUUCAUCUACCUCCUUGAGGAGGGCACCGGGUGCGGUGUCCAGAGACCUACCUUAUUCCCAAGAUAUUGAAAAUCUCUUUGCUAAUAAUGAGCAAAGCCAACAGAAAGCUUUCAGAGAAAAGUACAACUUUGAUCCUGUGAGUGAAAAACCGCUCCCUGGCCGUUACGAAUGGGUGAAAGUGGGGGACUUUUGAAGGCCAGAACUGUCUCUGGUCUUUAACUAGCACAUUUAAUCUCUCUGCUUAGGGUUUUCAAAGGAGGGCAGGGGUGCAGUGGUGGUGGUCUUUGCCGCCCCUCUCUACUCUCCAUGUUGACUAACAAAGCGAUAGGUGGUUUUUACUCUGAUGCUCCCUGUAUUAUAUGUGACUGUUAUGUUUAGUCUCAUUAUAUUUGGAAAACUCAACUUUAGUCCUCUGAUAAUGCUAGGUAUGCCUGCCGAUUAUCUGUGUUGUGGGGGCAUACCUCAUUCUGUAUCCUGCGAAUACAUGCUGUGGUGAAGGGCAAACAUGCCUUUCUAUAUGAAGAUUUAAUUUUAUGUCUUUCCAUUGUUCA